AUGCGAGUUCUUCGUCGUGCUAUGCCCGGCUUUGAAGCACAGAGACCAGCAGCGGACGCUGAGCCUUGCAACUUGGGGGGAAAGAGGGUGGUGUCGCACGGAGAGAGCAGCACGGGACCUUUCGACGCACGGCGGUGGCUACGUCAUUGUUGUGGAGAGCGCGACGCACCAGAGGCUGAUGUGGACAGUAAACAAAUUGAGGGACCUGGCGAAGGGGAGUUCACACUCGAUGCUGACAGAGUGGGAAUCGGUCGUAUGGUUACUCAGAUGGUUUGGUCCAAGCUUUUCCAUUACCUCGACCAUGGAGAGUUUCACAACUACCGGUUCCUUCUCAACUCACACGCCUCGGUGUAUUUCCAUGUGCUUGACAUGGAGCCCAUUGACGGCCUUGUUCCGGGAUUCCAAACUCGGACCGACCCUUGUGUUGACCGCAAGGGUUUUAUGCUGGACCAUUUCCUGCAUCAGAAUGGUUUCAGGAACAUCUCGGAGCGGGAUGAUGCAGGGUGGCCGCCCAUUUGCUUCGCAGCGAUGAGCAACAACCUCGUAGUGCUGCAGGCGCUUCUGGACCGCCAGGUGGAUAUCAACCAGGCCACGACCAAGCCCAAGGCAGAGGCGAGUUUCCCUGCCAAAGUGACGCCUCUGGGAGUGGCUUGCUUUUUUCGCAACAAUGAAGCCGUUGAGCUGCUCCUCCGCGCAAGAGCUCACGUGAACUACAAAGAUGCUUGGGGAGGCGGUGCUCUGCAUCCGGCAUGUGCAGGGGACAAUCCGCUAGGAGUACGUCUACUAUGCCAUGCUCGUGCCAACAUGAAUCAACAAUCCAUGCCGGGGCUGAGCCCUUUCAUGCUAUCCUGUGUAUGCGGAAGUGUUCGUGCAAUGAAGGAGAUGCUGGCUCUGAAUCCAGCUUUGAGCUUGCGACACUGCCUGCACAUUGCACUCGUAGGGGCUGGAGGUGGUGCAGCCGACUUGGUUUCGGUGCUGCUAGAGGCUCGGGCGAACGUGAAUGAACAGUUCCGUUCACAGAUUCGGGAGCCCGGAUGGUGGCUUCUCAUGAAUGUCAUGGCUGUAAGGCAUCGGGUAAGCCCGUCCAGACUCACUCUGCUGGCAUAUCAUCAUUACGAUGCUACGCCGCUGAUGUUUAGCAUUCUGAGUGGCUCGUUGGAUUCUGUGUCCUCCUUGCUCUCAGCAGGAGCCCGAGUAGACAUGCGAAACUACCGCAGGAAAACGGCAUCCGAACUGGCACGCCAGAUGCUCGCGCCGUCGUGGUUGAUAGAGGCCUGCUCUACCAAAGGCCAGCCAUACACCCAGACCCUUCCCGAGAGCGACACGUUUUUUGUUUGA